AUGAACACCGAAGACAGCACAAGCAGCACCUCGGCGGUGACCAAGCCAGCCCCUCCAUUUCCGCCCCCACCGCUCCUCACCCUUCAAACAUGCAUCGUCCGUCCGUACCACCCUGCCGAUGCCUCCAACAUCGCUAGACAUGCCAACAACCCACGCAUCGCCCAAUGGAUGACGAACAUGUUCCCGCACCCCUACACUUUGGAAAGAGCCCACGGUUGGAUCGCCAUGAACCUCCCCAAGGAAGCUGCCAAAGACGACGAUGGACCCCACCCCGACUCCGACUCCGCCGCUGCUACCGCCGCCACCACAACCACCGACAAGCUUCCUCUGGCGCAACAGCUCACGCCCACCGCGCCGACGGCCCCGUUACCACCCCAGCCAGAGAUCACCUGGCCCGCGACCAUCCACUACGCCAUCUGCAUCGGCGACGAGUGCGUCGGCGGCAUCGGCGUCAAGCCGGGCGUCGGCGAGCACGCCCGCUCCGCCGAGCUGGGCUACUGGCUGGGCGAGGCGGCGUGGGGCCGCGGCAUCAUGACCGAGGCCGCCGCGGCUUACGCCGACUGGGUGUUCGAGACGGUGCCGCGCCUGGAGCGCUUGGGCGGCUGCGUAUACAGCGGCAAUGUGGGGAGCGUGCGGGUGUUGGAGAAGAUCGGGUUUCGCCGCGAGGGGUCGUUGAGGAGGUCGGUGUGGAAGGGGGGCGUGUGGCGGGAUUUGGACUUGUUUGGGCUUUUGAGGGACGAGUGGGUGGAGGGGAGGGGAGAGAAGAGAGAGAUCCUUCCCACCCCACAGGUGCCAACCGAAUGGUACUCGCGCCUAUCGCCGCCCAAACAGCUUUUGGUUUUCAUCUAUGGGACUCUACCUUUUAAACCGUGCAAGUGGCGUGCAGCAAUCAACCGUACUGCCGACGAGAUGCUUACACCGUCCCUCCACCUACGAAGUGCAUUGGCAGGCGCAGGAAGCCUUGCUAUGCUGCUCUUCCUUUUCCUUGGCUUCAACGAUACCAAUACAUUUCCUCAACCCCUGAAAUCCGCUCCGGUCUCUUCGAACAAUCCUGGAUAUCUGCAAGAUGUCUUCAAUCGAACACUUGGGUUUCAAAAGAUCUUUGUUAUCAACUUACCAUCACGGACAGACCAUCGGGACUCCAUGUCCUUAGCCGCCGCCCUGACUGACAUGGAAAUCGAGUACGUCGACGGCGUCACUGAAGUCACUGAAAGGGCACUGCCGCCCGGGGGCAAAGAGGCAAAUCUCAACAGAGCAGCCUUGGGCUCAUGGCGUGCGCAUUUAAACGCGAUCAGAAAGCACCAUCAAAGGAUCGUCGAACAAAACCUCACUUCCGCCCUCAUCCUCGAAGACGAUGCAGACUGGGACCUACGCAUCAAAUCUCAGCUGCGAGACUUCGCAAGAGCGUCACAGAUGCUCGUGCAACCCCUCUCCGGUAAACCCGACCAGUUCCUGGAUCCCACACACCCGUCCCCCGCGGCAGGACAGGAACAGGAACCCCAGAACUUCAUGCUCGACGAGUACAGCGACAACGGCGAAUUGAUGGCCGAACCCACCACCUCCCCAUACGGCGACAUCGACCGCUGGGACGUCCUCUGGCUCGGCCACUGCGGCGUCCGGUUCCCGCGCGGCGCCUCCUCGCCCGCCUCGGAUGCAACCGCCAACACGCGGCCGCCGUCACUACUACCGCUCGGGCGGGUGGUCAUGGCCAACGACCCGACGGUCCCGGAGCCACAGCACGUCGACAAGCAGUUCGGCAGCGACGAGCUGCGCCAGCAAUACCCGGCGCACACGCGCGUCGUGUCGCGCGCGCGCCAAGGCACCUGCACGCUGGGCUACGCAGUGUCGCAGCCGGGCGCGCGCCGCGUGCUGUACGAGAUGGGCGUGCGGCGGCUGACGGGCAAGCUCGACUCGAUGCUCCGCGCCCUGUGCGAUGGCGGAGAAGACGUCUUGCGCGCUCCGGCUUGCCUCACGGUCCAGCCGCAGCUGUUCCAGCACCAUCGUCCCGUUGGCGCGAAGCUGGCGUUUAGUGACAUCUCCGACCAUGGCGACGGCUACAAUAGCCAGGCUUUCACGCGGAAUGUGCGCUGGAGCACGCGGCUGAACUUUCCGAGGCUGGUGGAUGGCAGGACGGAUUACGUGGAUUUGUGGAGGGAUGGGGAGGAGGAUCCUUUGGAUAGCUUCUAG